AAUAAGGCUGGAGCUGGCAACUAACUUGAAAGUGAAAGAAACAGCUUGAGAAAAACAACUUCCCUGGUCAAGUUAUGCCCUGGAACAUAGUUGGGAGAUGGAUCCUUUGCCCAUGCUGAGAGCACUCUGAAACCAGCAAAGCAAUAAUCAAAGAGCAGAGCUGUUUUGAGGAAUACAACAAAGAAGCAGCACAGAAUUUCAGACUGGGACAUCAGGUCUUUAUUGUGAAGAUACGUCUACACUAAACCUGUAAUCUUUGGGAAGAAAACUCAGAAUAUUAAACAACUGCAAAGGUUGAUCAUGGAAAUCAAAGAAGAAGGAACAUCGGAAGAAGGCCAGCACUUUCUUCACACAGCCCAGGAAAAUGAUACUGGGGAUUUUCAGUUCACAAGUAUUCAGAAGACUCCAAAUGAACCACAGUUGGAAUUCAUCCUUGCAUGCAAGGAUCUUGUGGCUCCUGUCAGUGAUCGGAAGCUGAACACACUGGUGCAGAUCUCAGUAAUACACCCAGCUGAGCAGACUCUGACGAGAUACUCCAGCACGGAAAUUGUGGAGGGAACAAGAGACCCACUGUUUUUGACUGGUGUGACAUUCCCACCCGAGUAUCCCAUCUAUGAGGAGACCAAAAUAAAACUAACAGUCUAUGAUGUCAAGGAUAAGUCUCAUGACACUGUCCGAACCAGUGUCCUACCUGAACAUAAGGAUCCCCCACCAGAGGUUGGGCGAAGCAUCUUGGGCUACGCAAGUUUUAAAGUGGGAGAGCUGCUGAAGUCAAAGGAGCAACUGCUGGCUCUGAGCCUGAGAACUUCAGAUGGUGGCAAAGUUGUUGGCACCAUAGAAGUCGGUGUCGUGAAGAUGGGGGAGAUAGAGGAUGGGGAAGCCGACCACAUCACGACAGAUGUGCAGGGACAAAAGUGUGCACUAGUAUGUGAAUGUACAGCCCCAGAAAGUGUGAGUGCAAAAGAUAACUUACCUUUUUUGAAUACAGUGUUAAAGAACCCAGUUUGUAAAUUAUAUAGAUUUCCCACAUCUGACAAUAAGUGGAUGCAAAUCCGGGAGCAGAUGUCAGAGAGCAUACUUUCUUUUCAUAUUCCUAAGGAAUUGAUCUCCCUUCACAUAAAAGAAGACUUGUGUAGAAACCAGGAGCUUAAAGAACUUGGUGAGCUUUCUCCACAUUGGGACAAUCUACGGAAAAAUGUCCUAACUCACUGUGAUCAAAUGGUGAAUAUGUACCAAGACAUUCUGACAGAACUUAGCAAGGAGACAGGGUCCUCUUUCAAAUCAAGCAGUAGCAAAGGAGAGAAAACAUUAGAAUUUGUUCCAAUUAAUCUACAUCUGCAAAGAAUGCAUGUAUACAGCCCUCACUUGAAAGAUGCUCUCUAUGAUGUCAUCACUGUGGGAGCUCCAGCUGCCCAUUUUCAGGGAUUUAAGAAUGGUGGUCUUCGGAAACUGCUUCAUCGAUUUGAAACGGAAAGAAGAAAUACUGGAUACCAGUUCAUUUACUAUUCACCUGAAAACACAGCCAAAGCAAAAGAAGUUCUCAGCAACAUCAAUCAACUACAACCUCUUAUAGCAACCCAUGCAGACCUACUACUUAAUUCAGCAAGCCAGCAUUCUCCAGACAGCUUGAAGAACUGUUUAAAGAUGCUUUCAGAAAAAACAGAGCUUUUUGUACAUGCCUUCAAGGAUCAGCUGGUCAGGAGUGCUCUUUUAGCACUCUAUACUGCCCGGCCAGGUGGUGUCCCUAAGAAAACACCCUCUCCAAAGAGCAGCACAGACGAGAGCUGCCCCCAGGACCCACACCCACCUAUGAGAAGGCAGGACUCCAUCCCGCAUCAUUCAGACUACGAUGAGGAAGAGUGGGAUAGGGUGUGGGCAAACGUGGGGAAGAGCCUGAACUGCAUUAUUGCUAUGGUGGAUAGGCUGACUGAAGCCGACGGUGGCAGAGAAGGCAGUGGUGGCGGCAGCAAAGAUGGAGAAAAAGACCCUUCGCUAGCAGACUCCGUCACAUCUCACCCGAGGGAGGACUGGUAUGAACAGUUGUAUCCCCUCAUCCUUACCCUGAAAGACUGCAUGGGAGAAGUGGUGAACCGAGCCAAGCAGUCCCUGACAUUUGUGCUCCUUCAGGAACUUGCCUACAGCUUGCCCCAGUGUUUGAUGCUGACUCUAAGGAGAGACAUCGUCUUCAGCCAAGCACUUGCUGGAUUGGUUUGUGGCUUUAUCAUCAAAUUACAUACAAGUUUGCAUGACCCUGGCUUCCUACAGCAGCUUCACACAGUGGGCUUGAUAGUGCAAUACGAGGGACUGCUAAGUACAUACAGUGAUGAAAUUGGAAUGCUAGAGGACAUGGCUGUUGGCAUUUCAGACUUGAGGAAAGUGGCAUUUAAAAUAAUUGAAGCCAAAUCCAAUGAUGUCUUGCCAGUUAUAACAGGAAGGCGGGAGCAUUAUGUGGUGGAGGUGAAGCUUCCAGCUAGAAUGUUUGAAUCACUACCUCUACAGAUUAAAGGACAGUUGCUUCGUGUACAUCCAGUGCUUUUUAAUGUUGGAAUCAAUGAACAGCAAACUCUCGCCGAGAGGUUUGGAGAUGUGUCUUUGCAAGAAAGUAUUAAUCAGGAAAAUUUUGAACUUCUACAAGAAUAUUAUAAGAUGUUUAUGGAAAAGAUGCCUCCUGAUUACAUUUCACAUUUUCAAGAACAAAAUGAUUUAAAAGGAUUACUAGAAAAUCUCCAUCAAAGUAUCCAAGCCAAAAAAAGAAAGAAUGUAGAAAUCAUGUGGCUGGCUGCCACGAUUUGUCGCAAACUAAAUGGUAUGCGUUUCACCUGUUGUAAAAGUGCCAAAGACAGGACAUCGAUGUCGGUGACUCUUGAACAGUGCUCAAUCUUGAGAGAUGAACACCAGUUGCACAAGGACUUCUUUAUCCGGGCACUGGAUUGUAUGAGAAGAGAAGGAUGCCGCAUAGAGAAUGUACUGAAGAAUAUCAAAUGCAGAAAGUACGCUUUCAACAUGCUACAGCUGAUGGCUUUCCCCAAGUACUACAGACCUCCAGAGGGGACUUAUGGAAAAGCUGACACCUAAGUUUACCAACAUGUAAAUAAACCAGGAACACAAAUAUGUUUCAGUUGGAUAAUCUCCACCUUGGUCCUUUUUUUUUUUUCAUUGUCAUGAAUUUGUUGGGGGAGUUAAUCAAGGAAACUGUGCCCAAAUCUAGGAAUUACUUGAAUUAGUUAUCAGCAUAUUACUUUGAAAGAAGACAUUUUUUUUAAUGUUAUAUAAAAUUGCCAUUUCUAUUUCUAAGCUUCUAUCUGUUGAUCCUCACUGGUUAAGAUCAGUUCAGAAAAUACAAAUUUUAUCGAUUUUUAAAUGAAAGCCUAGAAGUGAUACAGUAAGUGGUGCUCUUCCUACAAAAUGAAGAAAAGGAAAUAUAAAAGGGGGAAAGAUCUUAUGUAAUAUUAUUUCACAGCCUUUCUCACAAUUAACCUUGCAACCUAUUUGAGGAAUUUUAAAAAUGUUUUUGUAGUGAAUUGAAAUUGGGUAGAGUUAACUCAUGAUCCUGACAACUGAAACAGUUUAAAGGUGUGUUUGUAAAGACCUUUGCCAUCCAUGGAGAUGUGGCUACUCCUCCUAAACAGGUAGAUUAAUGUUUGCUUGUUAGUAAAGCAGUAAAAUAACUUUCAAAAUCA